AUGCACAAGAAGCAUCAUCCUGGACUACUAUUCCUAUCGGAGACGAAGAACAAGAAAACGGUGCUACAAAAUAUUCAAGUUGAUUUAGGUUAUGAUAGUUUGUUUACCGUUGAGCCUCAUGGCUUAAGCGGUGGUUUAGCUCUUUUUUGCGUGGACGAAUUCCAAGUGAAUGUUGUGUAUUCAGACAAUCGUAUGAUUGAUGUAGAAGCGGUUAUUGAAGGAAAUAAUGUUUUUUUAACAUUUGUCUAUGGCGACCCAGUCCAAGCUCAUAGAAAUCAUGUUUGGGAACGUCUUACGCGUUUUGCCACAAAUCGAAAUGGACCAUGGUUCAUGAUAGGAGACUUCAAUGAAAUCUCAGGACAUCACGAAAAACAGGGUGGAAGAACAAGAUUCGAUGCCUCUUUCCUCCCUUUCAAUCAAAUGAUUGAGGAUUGUGGAAUGUUAGAAUUCCCAUGCUCCGGGAACCUUAUGUCCUGGGUGGGUAGAAGAGGAAGAACACAAGUGAAAUGCCGUCUAGACCGUGCCUUAGGCAACGAGGACUGGCAUGAAUGCUUCCCACACUCCAAUGUUCAGUAUCUGCGCAUGUGGGGAUCGGAUCACCGACCAAUACUAGCUAAUGUCCUAGCUAGACCGAUACGCCGGAAAAAAUCCUUCAGGUUUGAUAAAAGAUGGUUGGAUAGAGAGGAGAUAUCCCAAGUGGUCCAAGAGGGAUGGUCAUCAAACCUUCCAGCAGGGGCCAACAUAAUGGACAAGAUUUCAAGUGUGAGACGGGCUCUAGGGAUUUGGAGAAGCAAUAACGAUCUAAAUGCGGAAAAGCACAUCACAGACUUAAAAGAAACUUUGGAUGCUUUGUACUGUCAUGAUAACACAACCACGGAUGAUAUUACGGAGGCCACAAAAAAACUUCAUGAAGCUCUAAAAUCCGAAGAAGUCUUCUGGAAGCAAAAAAGCAGAGUCAUGUGGUUAAGGGAAGGGGACCGAAAUUCAAAAUUCUUCCAUGCAGCUACAAAACAAAGAAGAGCUCGGAAUCGAAUUGCCAGGCUAAAAAAUGAGCAGGGACAAUUGGAAGAAACAGAAGAAGGGAUUGUAGCCGUUGCUACAAGAUACUUUCGCCAUCUCUUUGAGACUUCUAACCCAGAGGAAAUCGAGCUUGUUCUGUCCAAAGUCAAAAUCAUCAUUACAGACACCAUGAAUGAGGCACUAACAAGACCGGUGACAGAAAAUGAAGUUAAAAUAGCGCUUUUUGCUAUGCAUCCGGAAAAGGCACCAGGUCUUGACGGCAUGACCGCCUUAUUCUAUCAAAAAUUCUGGGAUCUACUUAAAGAAGACAUUGUACGGAUGGUAAAUGAGUUUCUCAUAGAUGGUACCAUUGUACCAGGAAUGAAUGAGACAAACAUUUGUCUCAUACCAAAAAAGGAGAAACCGCAGGAAAUGGUACAAUUCAGACCUAUAAGUCUAUGCAAUGUUAGCUAUAAGAUCAUUUACAAACUCUUAUGCCAAAGACUGAAGAAGAUCCUCCCAAAUUUCAUCUCAGAGACACAGUCGGCUUUCGUAGCGGGGAGGCAGAUUACAGAUAACAUCUUGAUUGCCCAGGAACUCUUUCAUUCUCUAAGAACGAAUCCCGGAGGACGCAACAAGCGAAUGGCCAUCAAAACGGACAUGAGCAAAGCAUAUGACAGAGUAGAGUGGGAGUUCGUUGAGGCAGUGAUGAGAAAGAUGGGUUUUGCAGAAACUUGGAUCAGAUGGACGAUGAAAUGUAUUACAUCGGUGUCAUACCAUGUACUUAUCAAUGGACAACCAAGAGGGAACAUAACACCGAAGCGAGGUUUGCAUCAAGGGGAUCCUUUAUCCCCUUUUAUCUUCAUUAUAUGCACGGAAGUGCUCAUUGCCCUUCUCAACGAGGCAGAGAAUGAAGGUAGGAUCACCCGAAUGCGAGUAGCACGUGCUAGUCCACCGGUGUCCCACCUCUUAUUUGUCGACGAUAGCUUGUUCUUCUGUAAGGCGGAGCCCCGUGAAUGUAAUGAAGUCAUGACAAUCCUACAAAAGUACGGUAAUGCAUCAGGACAACGCAUAAACUUUGAAAAAUCAUCCUUGCUCUUUGGCAAGAGAGUCCCAUGA